AAACAACCAACAUGCACUCGCGAGCUGUUGUGUUAAAUCGUUUUGGAUGAGUCACGUGUUUAUCCAACACCAGAUCGGCCAAUAAUAAGUAGUGUACCAAACGUCCUCGGGCGCGAGUGUCGUCUGCACCCUCCCGUCAACGCUAAAGGGUAAAAGGUUUGUAAGACAUAUACAUACCGUCCCAUCUUUUACGCAGGACAUACGGUUUCACAGCAGUACAGCCUCAUUGGUGGUUUUGAAUGGAAUUGUAUUCAUGUGUAUUCGACAAAACCAUGAAUGGUUGUUUAAUACUUUAAAUACUACAGAUUUCCGCGUUAGACACCAGUCGGACCCACUUCAUAUCGGUCUACUUGAGAGACACCGGUGAUUUCCUGUUGCUGUGUGUGCAGAAUUGGCUAUUUGUUUCCAUUAUAAAUGUUUACAUAAAUCAUUGUGUUACUUUCACUUAAAAGGACAUUAUGAUUUACAUGACUCUUAUGUAUACGGAAUACACUGUGGAUAUUUGAUCAGGUUGUUUAAAACUUCUACUGGCACAUAAAGUCCGGAGUAAUGACUACAAACGGAAAAUCCAAAUCCGUGGAUAGCAGGAUUGUGGUACUUGGCCGUCCCUGUGUUGGAAAGUCAGCACUCGUAGUGAGGUAUUUAACCAAGCGCUUCAUUUGGGAGUACGAUCCGACACUAGAGUGUACAUAUAAACACCAUACCACUGUGGACGACGAGCCUGUGGUCAUCGAGAUUUUAGACACAGCUGGACAGGACGAGACUAUCCACAGGGAGGGUCAUGUACGCUGGGCAGAUGGAUUCGUCUUAGUUUAUGCGAUCAACGAUAGGCAGAGUUUCGAAGAUAUUUACAGCAUAAAGCAAUACCUUGACGACAUCAAGAGGACAAAUGUGCAGUGUAUACUGGUAGGAAAUAAAACUGAUCUUCACCAUGAGCGAAAAAUCAGUACAUCUGAGGGACAGAAAAUGGCCCAGGACAUGGCGUGUGCAUUCUUUGAAACAUCUGCCAGUGACGGUGGAGAUGAAAUUUGUGAACUAUUUUGUGAACUUCAUCGUGAGGUAAAGCGCCGAAAGAUGAUUGAAAGUAAACCACGCAGGCGCAGUUCAGCCCAACAAGUUCGUCAAGUCCUGACGAAAAUGUUUAAUAAGCAGAACAGUAAACAAAUUACAUCAUGACUAUUAUAGGCGAUUCAAUCCGUACAUAUCCGUCAUUGUUUUACGUUACAUACUUUACAUCGUGUUGUCCUUUUAAUAAAUUAUUUCGCUGAAAAUGAAAUGUACAUCAUUCGUGCAUGUUGAUCAUGGUAGGCGGCUAAAAGUGGGCACCUGUAAAAUCGGGGGUUCUUCUAACAUAUUUUAUGGGACAUUGCAGAGACUAAAAAAGAUAGUUCGUGGCCCGCUUGUAACACUUGGGAUCUUAAACAUUUCCUUUAAUUCCUCACGUCUCUUUAUUUUUUAGAUUUGUUUCCGUCUAUAUAUGUCUCAUUGACACUCGUCUUCAUAUGACCCUGGCUGUUGCGAGAACAUUAAUCCCUAACAAGAGGCCCAUGGGGCCUGUAUUGGUCACCUGGAUAUUUCAGUAAUGAAGGCAAACACAUUUAAGCUAUAUUUCAAAUACUUUUCCGAAUUUG